CCGAGAUAUAUUUAUGGUGUUGGAAUUGCAUUGCUGUUGAUGUGUUCAGGUCAUAGAAAAGUUCUAAAAGAUCGCCAGACUCUGCGUGUCUCUGUGGGGAUUCUACACAGUGCCUCCGUCUGUCAUCAUAACAGAGGGGGGUGGCUUGACAUGCUGAGAAACCCAGACUGCCCUCUCCUGGGCUACUUCAUCCAGCUCCUCCUGGAGGAUCUCGAGGCGUUCCCAGGCCAGUUGAGAGACGUAGUCACUCCAAUGUUGUCCUGGGUCUUCCCCGAGACCUAAUGCCGAUUGGACAUGCUCUGAACACCUCACUUGGGAAGCACUCUCUCUUGAUAUCACAUCACAAACAUGAAAAUGGGCAAUCAAGCUCAUCCAGCUGGGGGCAGGUCAAAGGUGGUAUCCAUGACGUCAUAAAAACCCUGAACUUCAAAAGACAGUUACACCUCUUCUCUCAAAAAUGACAGAGAUGUUGAGAUUUUUCUCACCUUUAGUAAAUGGUGUAGUAAAUUAGUAAUAGUAUCUGCUAGUGUCGCAGAUACCGAAGCCGAUACGUUUUAUUUGGACAUUUUUCAAGAUCAAUGAAUGAUUAUAGGCAAACACAAAACAUUUGGUGGUCUAGUGGUUAGCAUGUUGGCCACACAGUAACAUUGUGGAGAUCGGGAAGACAUGGGUUCGAUUCUCCCUUGGACAUUUCUGUGUGGAGUUUGCAUGUUCUCCCCGUGCGUGUGUGGGUUUUCUCCGGGUACUCCGGUUUCCUCCCACAUGCCAAAAACAUGCAUGUUAGGUUAAUUGGUGACUCUAAAUUGUCCAUAGGUAUGAAUGUGAGUGAGAAUGGUUGUGUGUCUAUAUGUGCCCUGCGAUUGGCUGGCGACCAGUCCAGGGUGUACUCCGCCUGUCGCCCGAAGUCAGCUCCAGCAUACCCCUGCGACCCUAAUGAGGAGAAGCGGCAUAGAAAAUGGAUGGGAUGGAAGACAAUAUCAACAAAAUAAUUUAAAAAAUUCCCUUUUAUGACUUAACAAAAGCAAAAAGCAAAAAUGACUACUGGCUGUCAUUCAAAUCCUUUGGAUUUUUGUCCACAAACAUAGCAGACAACUGAAAAAUAUCCAUCUCAGGCUAGUAUGAUACUGAUGCUACCCUUGACACUAUUGAUGUUUUGAUCGAGAUGCCCACUUCUAACAUUUUGGUGGUCAUAAAAAGGCUCUAAGUGAAACAUGUUACUGCUAUAACGUCAUUAAAAUGUCAGUUUGCGGAUCUGGGGUUCCGGGAGUGGCGGAGACUAGGCAUAGUACGUUUUCGGGACCUUUUUAUUGAUAAUACGGAGAAAAUACACUACGCAAUUUGUAAUGCAGAAGAAAAAUUCCAAAAUUGAUGGGGACCGUUCUUAGUGUAUUUUCAUAACUUUAAAUCUAGCUGAGCUGCCAAAUAUUAUUUCCCCUCUCUGGCCCAUUUACAGUCACCUGUUGUUUUGUUCAUUUAUGCAUUUGCUGUGUUUGUUUUACAUUUAAGUGUCUUAUCCUCCCAGACUUGGAUCUUUCUCUUUGGGCUGUGUGUGGCUUACCUUGUGGGCUUUUGUUAUUUGUUGUUUAUUUCUGAUUUUUUCUUGUUCUCUGUCCAAACUUCCAGCUAACGUUGUGUACACUUGUUUUUGACUUUGUCAAAAUUUAAUACAAAUAUUUCUGAUAUAAAAAAGUCAGUUUGCAUCACAUAUAAUAGAAAACCUUUCAUCCUUUGGUUUUCAUGGUUCUAACCCAAAUCGAUUGUAAUCGAUUGUAGACUUUGCAGGUUGCGCUGCAUUUGAAUUGUAGGUAUUGUAAAGUGUUGUGUAACAUUUCAGCACAGGAUGCUUGUGAAUAUAAAUAAUGAGCACUUCCUGGACAUACACUCACAUGAGAGAUUAGUUUGUUUGUUUUUUUUAGCUUACAUUUCACAUCAGCUCGGAAGACAGGAGGUGUUCGCAGUGCACAAGGUAGCCGUUUCAGCGCUGUCAUUCUAGGUCUAAGUUCCUGUUGACUCUCUCUUCCUGUUGGGCACACAAAGAGCAUCUUAAAGACAUACAAAGCGGGUUGGCAUGAUAACUCUGUGCAUGACUUCGACAUAAAAAGCGACAGAUUAUCAGUCAUGGUGGAGGAGAUUGUCACCAAACGUCUUGGUUUGGUUUUGAUGAUAACAACGCACAUGGUCAUCAGUGGCCCCGGCCAAGCAGAGGUCACAGGGAUUGUCAGCCACAACGUCACCCUGCAGUUCACAUUCAAUGACGCCAUCACCGCUAAGAGCCAUUUUGCAGUUUACACAACGGGCCCCCAAAAGAUGGCCGAGUGCUCUCCGCGGAAAGGUUGCUCCACAGGAAAACGUGGUUUUGACCUUUACUUUGACAAUUCUUCUGUACUUUGCCAAAUUACAAAUCUCACACAAGGUCACACUGGAACAUACUGGGCCACCCUGUUCACGGAAGGAGGCCAGACCAGACCGAGUCCUUCAGUGCACCUGAUUGUUCAGGAGGAAAACAGCCAUGACACCAAUUCUCAUGAACAGGAAAACAGCACAACAACCAAAUACCAACCUAGAGAAAGUUCUCCUCUCUUUUUUGGCCCAAUCUUUGCUGUCCUUGUGGUUUCACUCGUCGUCUUGUUGGCGGCAACACUCCCCUGCUUCUUCUGGCGUUGCGUCCGAGCAAGAGACUGCAGUGCAGAAGAAAACUCGCAACCCGCAACACAGGUGCCUCCUGCCGUGCCAGAGCCCACGUUUGUCUACAGUGUCAUGGACUUUCCUAUGAGACAGGCAACGCAUUUGAAGGAGAAGCCAAUUGGUACAUAUUACUGCAGUAUUCGGUAUCACCCCAACCAAAAAAAAUGAACUGCGUUAAGUGCAAUUGAAUGUAACACAGUUGGGUGUGUUUAAAGCAAAAGGUAGGUGAAAUAAAGCUGAAAGAAAUAUGUACUGUUUUAAAUGGGUUUUUUUAUACUAUUGACACGGGCCAACAUGUUAACGUAACAGCGGUAGAGGAACAAGCUCUCCUGGCCAACUAGCAAAACACCAGUAAAUCCAGGCACUCAUGAAGUGACAGCGGUGACGGCCAAUCACACACAAGGAAAGACAGAGCCAAUCAAUGAGCUUAUGGGCGGUCUAAAGGGAAACGGCUGCUUCCCGCUUGGUCCUAGUGCUUGACAUUUUAAACUCCCCUGUAUAAAAGGCACUGUUGGCGUCGUCCACUGCUGAUGGGGAUGUGAUACAAUUUCAUGUCAAAAAAUCCGAACUAUCCAUUUAAUGUGAAGCAGGCUAUUUAUAGCUGAACAAAAGAAUAAAAUCACAACUUCUAAAAGCCUAAAUCUUUGCAAAAAUGUGAAUUCCAUGUCAUUUUAUAUCAGGUAUUCACACUGUCCUGAUCUGUUGGUGUCAAAGGCAAAAAAGCUUUCUCUCUUUGCUGAGGCCUCUCGCAGUGCGCCUUUGCUGCUGAGGGUGGACGCAGUAAGACAGUCAUUUGAAACUUCUUCAAAUAUCCUGUGGGUUAUGGAAUGAAAAAGAACCCCAAAAAAUGUCACCGACCACGAGUCAGAGGAUCUGAUUGGCUGUUCGUCAAGACACGGGACAACUUUGGCCCAAAUGAAGGUUGUCACUGGGGCCGAGUGCAAUCCAAAAGACGGCAUCUGCGAGAGAAGGGUUCUAAGAACAAAAAACGUCUUCAAAGGCCUCUCCUUCAACGCCACAAAAAAAUGGGAAAACAUGGGACAAUAAAAAGUUUUAUUCGCUGAUGAAAAAAUGGAACCUUGACGGUCCUUCCAACGUUACUGGCAUGACGAGGAGAUCCCAUCUGAGAUGUUUUCCACACGGCACAGUGGAGGGAUGGGGACCAUCAUGACCUGGGCUGCUUUUUCUUUCAAUGGAGCUUAAGGUUGUGCAGGGGCGUCAAAUGGCAGCUGGCUAUGUGGAGAUGUUGCAGGGGGCAUCCCUCGUGACUGAAGGCCCUCGUCUGUGUGGUAAUGACUGGCUUUUUUGUAGUUCACAAUGUCCGCCUGACAAAGGACGUCUUCCAGAGGAAUAACCUCACUCUUUUGGACCAUCCUGUGUCUUCCUCUGAUCUAAAUCCAACUGAGAAC